CUGAGAAAAGCGAAGUAAAUGGGUACGGAAAGGGUUCGGAACCAUGUUUACCUGCUGUCAGUGUGUUGGAGGAUGAUGAAGGUGUAACACAGUCAGUGGGUUGGAUUGUCAUAGGAGUCGGUCUUUGGGUUUCCCGCCGGCCUUGACGAUGCGGGGUAAUGCUCUGGCCUUUUACUGCUUGGGCCUGGCCGCUUUCGGUCUGCCUGCGGCCUCCUGCUCCCAGGGGGACCGGGAGCCCUAUUACCGCGACUGCGUCCAGCUGUGUGAGCGACACAACUGUACUGGAGCCCGGCUGCGGGUUUUCCACAAACUGCAGCCCCUCUACAUGAUGGCAGCAGGUUGGAGCUGUGCCGACGACUGUCAAUACAACUGUAUGUGGCUGACAGUGGGACUGUACAUUCAGGAAGGACACAAAGUGCCUCAAUUUUACGGCAAGUGGCCCUUCUACCGAUUUCUGUUCUUCCAGGAACCUGCCUCGGCCUUUGCCUCUAUGCUGAAUGGACUGGCCAACUACGUGAUGUUGGGCAGGUACCGGGCUGCAGUGCCUCUAGAAUCUCCUAUGUACCAUACAUGCAUCUCCUUUGCCAUGAUCACCCUCAAUGCCUGGGUUUGGUCCACCGUAUUCCACACACGUGACACUCCACUAACUGAGAAAAUGGAUUACUUCUGUGCUUCAUCAGUGGUGCUGUACUCCAUCUACCUGUGCUGUGUCCGGACCAUGGGCUUGACUCACCCUUGGACAGCCAGUAUUUUUGGGGUCCUACUCAUUGGAUUGUUCACAUGUCACAUCUGGUACCUCACCUUUGUGCGUUUUGAUUAUGGGUACAACAUGGCUGCCAAUGUCUUGAUAGGAAUGAUUAAUCUCCUGUGGUGGCUCAGCUGGUGCCUCUGGAACAGAUGUCACCUCCCCUAUGUGUGGAAGUGUAUGGUGGUUGUUGUGAUGCUGCAUGGACUGGCUUUGCUUGAGCUCCUGGACUUCCCUCCAUUGCUGUGGGUGUUUGAUGCUCAUGCAGUCUGGCACUUCAGCACCAUCCCUGUGCCAUUCCUCUUUUACAGCUUUCUGAUUGAUGAUAGUCGGCACCUCCUCGAUGUGAAAACUGAAUAAGUACUUGCCUAUGAGCUGCUGCAUCUGAAUGUGAAUGUGAGAGACUGUGUCUCACUGUAAUGCCCAUGUCAACACUUACCUGCAUGGACUUUGCACUGUUCACAUUGGGAUUUUCUGCUAAAUAUGUUGGUUUAUCACUGACACAGAAACCUGACAUGCUAAUGCAAGAAUCUAAGAUUUAUUCGAGGCUCAGAACUCUGAAACAAAGGUCACAUCUCACUGAGGUGACGUGCUGGAAAACAAACCCUGCUGUUCCUGGAGUUAUCACAAAAGUUAAGUUUUUAUCAAAAUAACAGAAUUUUCCAACUUACCUGCCUUUUUAGACCCUGUUUAACAGAAAACACAGACCAGAUUUAUUAUUUAUUAUUGUUAUUUAUUACAAAUAGAUUCCAGCUACAGAUAAACAAAUAUGAACUGUGGACAUAUACUUCUGCUAAUUAAAACUCUUGCCCCCUUAUAAAAUUCACCGGGCACGCACACAGCCGAACAAAAAGAAUUGGUGCUAUGAGUGGAAGGAAAAACUGAGAAGGCAUUUCAAUAGUGUCUGUCCACAUGGUUCGCUGCGAUGAUACUUUUGCUUGUCAGGAUUUGCUGUUUCUCAGUCUCUCAAGGAAUUUAUUACUUCCUCAUAGAAGGUACAGAGUAACUAGUUCACAAAUUGCCAAGUCCUUUAGCUAUUGGUUAGAAGCCACAGUUUACAGCAACUGUGAGGGAAAACAAACUGGCUUUCUUCAGGCUUUAAUUCUUCUUUUACUAUAGUGAGAAAGACACCACCACCCUUCCAGAGGUCUGAAGGCCUUUGGCCAUAAUGUUGACACCCACCAGCUGUUCAGCUUCCUGGGAGACAAUGACCUUGUUGGCAGGCACGGCCUUUGGUCUGUGAAGUUACUAAACUUUCUGCACCACCUGAACAAGUAGCAGUGUUCAUUCCACUUGGAUUAAUUGUCAGCACCGUGCAGCAAUCCCUUCCAUAGUUGUUGGUUUUUAAAACAAUUCUUUUCUCAUUUCAGUCCACAAUUGAAAAUACAGAAAUUAAAAAAGGAAACUGUUUCUACAAGCAGAAGAAUUUGGGGAAAGGGGAAGAGAGUAGGACUGGCUAUGCUUCUGUUCUAGAGAGUUGGCAUAGAGACAUUGGGCCAAAUAGCCAACCCCUGACCCAAUGCUGCCGCAUGUUUAUUUUUGAUUGGAACCAUUGGGGAGAUGGUUUUAUUGGAGAUAUUGGUUAUCCUAACUGCACUUGCUGAAACUAAGGAAGAUUGUGUUUCUCUUCUCAGCUCUGCCACCAAGUGGCAGAAAACACUGGAGCAGCCUGACCUUUUAUUUUCAUUUUCGCCCAUGACUGUUUCUGGGGAUGAGAUGGAGCCUGUGGAGGGUGGGGGGAAAGGUUAGGAAGGGGUGGCAGUGAGGUCAUGGGAGGAAAGAAGGACUGGAGGAGGGAGUGGGGGCUUCAUUCAUUCUUUACUCAGUUUCAAUCAGCCUAGAAAAUGCCCCUCACACCACAUUCAUCCACUGAAUUUGCUGUUUUGACGUCAUUGUAAUCCUGUGCACACCUGUAGCAGCAAGAUUGCUCCUCCCUGCUCCUAUCCCUCACUCCUGUCUUGGGUGCUGUUUUGGUGUUGUUCUGAUGUGGAGGUGCUGGUGUCGGACUGGGGUGGACUCGGUCAAAAAUUACAUGACACCGGGUUAUAGCCCAACAAGUUUAUUUGAAAAUGUUAGCUUUCGAAGCUUUGCUCACGUUAACCUGAGGAAGGAGCAGAGCUUUGAAAGCUAGUGUUUUCAAUAUAAACGUGUUGGCAUGUAUCCUAGUGCUGUUUGAUUUUUGAGCUUGAUGUUGGUGGGAAGUGAUGGCUGAAGUUGGCCACAAGACUGGUGCAAAGGUUAGAGCUACAAUUAUUUAUUAGAGCUUUCUCCUGUUUAAUGGAUUCGCCAGGCACCCUGCAAUCAUUGAAUUGAGUGGUUAAAUCCAUCCACUGAAUGUCAGAGAUAAUUUUGAAUAAAGAAAUACAUUUUUAAAAUAAA